AUGUUCGCCGCAACCCGAUCGUUCACGCAGACCGUGGCGCCGAAGACGUCCGUCAAGGCGCGCGCGCGCGUCACCGCGCGCGCGUCGGCGCGACCGAUGUGGUUCCCAGGCGCGGAGGCCCCGGCGCAUCUUCGCGGCGAUCUCCCGUGUGACUACGGGUUCGAUCCUUUGAACUUGGGUGAAAAGCCCGAUAACCUCGCGCGGUACCGCGAGGCGGAGCUCAUGCACGCUCGGUGGGCGAUGAUGGGCGUCGCCGGCGCCGUGGGCGUCGAAAUCGCCGGCCAAGGCGACUGGGCCUCGGCGCAACCGACGACGUGGGACGCCACGGCGAAGUACCUCGGCAACGAAACGCACGCGCCGCUGUUCGCGGUGAUCGGCGUGAACGGUGUCUUGGUCGCGUUCGCGGAAUCUCAAAGACAAGCCGCCACCGGCGAAGCGCGCCUGUACCCGGGUGGAUCCUUCGACCCGGCUGGUUUGUCCAAGGGCAAGGACUUCGAGACGUUGAAGCGCAAGGAGCUCGCCAACGGCCGCGUCGCGAUGAUGGCCUUCUUCGGCAUCAUGGCGCAGCACCAAGCCGAUCCCUCGGGGCCGGGUCCGGUGAAGCAGUUGGCCAACCACUUGGCCGAUCCGUGGCACGUCAACGUGUGCACGAACCCGAGCGCGAUCCCGUGGCUUUGA